CCUAAUAAACAAUCUGCGGUGAAGGCGAUAUAAACUAAAAUAUUCUAGAACACAAUACGUUUAAAUUGACUGUUUAACAGUUCAAUUACGCUGAAGAUAUAUAAAAAGUGUUAUUAAAACCCCUAAAAAGUUAAGUUUCUCUUAGAAAGGCUAAUUUUUGCUUCUAAAGAAACGGUUGUAUUUACACGUGGAGCACGUGGAACAGAGAUAAUUGCUUAUUCUAUAUAUUCAAACAAUUUCAUCACAAAAUUUCACUAUAAUGGUGGCUGAAACAUUCAGUGAAUAUUAUAUAUGCAAUUUCAACGAUGCGGUUGUUGUAGAAGAUCUGCCAGCCGAACAGCAACUGCGCCAAUUGUGGACCCGGCAAAAGCUGUGGACAGUGGAGGAUCUUCGGGAAAUCCUUCUACGUUGGCGGGAAAAAGGCAAACCAGAUUUAAAGACUGAUCCCGCCUCUCAGCUCAAGGAUUUUCUGCUCCUUAUUUUCGCUUUUGUUCAAAAUAAUUUUACUGGACCCUUUGAUAAUCUUGAAGGGCUACAGAAAAUCCAUAGUGAACUAAAUCUAGACGAUCUGGAUGCACAGGAUAAACUAAAAGCUAGCGGCGAGGAACUUAACCCAAAUGUUAAAACUGGAGAACUAUUACUUUUGGCCAGAGAAAUACUAAAGGGACUGUUAGAAUCCCAUCCGCAUUCUAAGGUGCUGAUCUGGUGGAACUUGCGCCUCAUCUGCCUGCAUCAGCAUGUUCUGGAUGAUUUGGCAGCCUCGCUCUAUGAACAAUUUAAAGCGGCAGCUGGACUUCUUCAUGCUCAAGUAAACCAGUUUGAGAGCAAGGAACUGCAAUCCCUUCUCCUACUGGAGUUGGCCAAUGGCUAUCUACAGUUUCACCGGUCGGAAAUAGCGUCCCAAUUGCUAGAUGACUUAUGUAGUCAUUUGCAAGUGGAACUCAAAGUAGAGGGUUUGCUGGGAGUACGUACGAAGUUUCAGCAAAAGGCUCUUCCGCAGCUUUGCCUUAAAGUGGAGCACCUGAAAGAGCAGUUAAAUUUACCUGCAGCCAUCCGUACGAAUGAGAAGACAAAAUUACCCAAGCUGCUUCUUCUGGAAGAUGAUACGCGAUUGGAGCGGAUACGCUUUGUGGAGCUUAAAGACAACGAAGUGAUGACACUACCCAGUGUGCUCCAAGCUCUGGUGCUGGCCAAGGUAAAACAACUAAAGCGCUCACAGCCCAAGGAUCGCCUGGCGGAUGAACAAUUGGAGCCAUAUACACAAACCUUACUCUACCAGGAGCAUGGACCUUUACAAGUGCGCCAGGCAGCUCUUCUACUAAACUGUCUGCAAGAAUCAAAUCAGCGGAGAACCGUCGAACGCAGCUGGAAACAGUGUGAGGAGUGCGUAAAACUGCUGGAAAGCUCAGAGGAGGAGUUAUCUCUUCGAUCCCGGCUCUCCUACGGCUUUGCGGCCCAUCUAAGACCCAAGUGGCAGGUUCAGCUUCAACUUGUGGACCUUCUGCGAUCCCUAGGUAUGACUAAGACGGCUCUGGACAUUUGCCUUCGCAUACACGCCUGGCAGCAGGUCAUCGAGUGCUACACAAGUUUAGAACUUCGCCACAAAGCGGCUGAAAUCAUCCGGCAGGAGCUGGAGAAGAAACCAACUGCUUUGCUGUACUGCCUCCUUGGCGAUGCCAUCGAUGAUCCCCAGUUCUACGAGCAGGCUUGGUUGCAUUCCAAAAAAACAAGUGGCAAAGCGCAGGCUUAUUGGGGAAACUACUUCUACAGGACUGCAGACUACACCCAAGCCAUGGAGCACUUUGAGAUCUCACUGGAGAUCAAUAACCUGCAAGAAGCAAUCCUUUUACGCUGUGGCUACUGCGCUAUUCAAUUGGAACGCUGGGAGGCAGCUGUUAAACAUUAUUUGGCCUACACCCACCUGGAACCAAAUGGUUUUGAGUCCUGGAACAAUCUGGCAAAGGCUUUGAUUAAAUUGGGUGACAAGCAGCGGGCCCAUCGCGUUUUGGGAGAAGCCCUUAAGUGCAAUUAUAGCAACUGGAAAGUUUGGGAGAACUACAUGCUCGUUGCCGUGGACACGUCCCAUUGGGAAGAUGCCAUGCGAGCGUACCAGCGAAUGGCGGAGCUAAAACAGCAUUACCUCGAUCAAGAGGUGCUCACCCGGAUUGUCUACGGCAUUUCUAAGGAGGAUCCCGCCGGCUCCAGUGCCCUAAUCAAAAGACUCAUAAAACUACUUGGCCAGCAGAGUAUCCAACAUGGAAAUGAGCCCCUAGUUUGGGAACUGGCUGCCUUGGUGGCCCCAACACCACUAAAAAAGGCAGAGAAACUGGUUAAAUCAUAUCGAGCCUACACACCAAAACAUUUGGGUUGGGAAACCAAGUCGGAGCAUGCUAUAAAAGCUCUGGAUCUUUGUUUAGAGGUCUGUGAACUUUCAUUGGCUGCCAUCAAAGAACAUAUUCCAGACGAGAGUGAAGUAAUGAUUACCUCGCAGCUUAAUUCUGCGAGAUUGUCGGGAACAGCUUGUCUGAAUGCCCUAAAAAGGGCCAUUAAUGUAGAUGUGCCGGCUGAACAGACGGAGAAGGUGGAGCUGCUUAGAAAAAGGAUCGAAGAUCUGUCGAAAAUUCUCCAAGAGAGAAUGAAUGCGCCUCGAUCUUAGCCGCAAACUUUACUUGACCUAAUGAAAAUAAAGCGGUAUAUUGUUUUAUAAAUGUA